AUGGUUCUCAGAAAGUACGAGCUGGAAGCGAAACUCAAGGACGACAUUGCCCUCGUCAAGAGUGGAGUGCUUCGGGAUGAGAAUCCGUUGGACGACAGUGCGGAAUUCCAUCAGCUAUUGGCCGCCUGUCGACAAGGCGAUCUCAAGCGUACACAGGAACUCAUCACUCAGGGCGUUAACAUCAAUGGAAAGGACAAUUUCGACUACACACCCCUCAUCAUUGCAAGUCUAUGUGGCCACUUUGAAUUGGUCCAACUACUCUUAGAGUCCGGCGCAUUGGCAGAGCGCGAUACAUUUCAGGGCGAACGUUGCAUCUAUAACGCUCUUAAUGACAGGAUACGGAAUCUACUCCUCCAAUAUGACUUCUCCAAGUCCACAGACCCCCUACAACCAUGGGCGGCUCACAUCACCGAGCUGCUGACCAGAGAAGCGCCGCAGACUUCGGAUAUCGCCAUCAACGCUACCACGGACACCUUCCAAUUGCACAAGUUUUUGUUGUCCGCAAGAACUCCUUACUUCCGGAAGAAGCUCGCAGAUGCGCCAGAAACGACGUCAUGGAAACUGCCUUCCCAUAUCCCCACUGACUCUUUUCAGGUUGUCAUGCGCUAUCUUUAUCUUGGUGAUUUACCAAGAGAUCUCGUUGGCGCCUGGAGCACAGUCAGCGAAGAAGAGGUCCUUGCCGGUAUUGAUAAAAUCAGUAAGCAGUUGGAAGUCACUCAAUUGUGGGAAGCCAUUCUGGGUGGCAAUGACAGGAGGCUUGCACGUCAGAGGCACCAAGAUGAGGUCGCCCGAGCUGCAGAUCAGGUCGGCGAUUUCUUCCGUGAGAGAAUUAUAGGCUACAAAAUGCUUGUGGACCCCAAGCAAGUGCAGGAUGUCAAAUGGCGGCAUGACAACUCUAUUUUCGCCGACGUUCUUUUAAGGGCUGACCAGCCUGGAGUAGAGCAAGACACGGAGGACCCGCAGGAGAACCCCAAUGGUGACCAGUCCAACGGUAUACCUAUAGGGCUGCCCGGAUUGGCUUCAAAGGCGCAAACUCAAAACGGCAACAAGAAGAAUCCGAAAUCAGUCCUAUACCCCGUCCACAAAGCUAUGCUCAUUCGAAGCCUAUAUUUCGAGAAAAUGUUCUCGAGUCAGUUCGCAGAAGCGCAAGAAUCAGAUCAUCUACAUGUGGUCAAGGUCGAUUGUUCACCUGAGGUGCUCGAAAUCAUUCUCCAAUUUCUGUACACGGAAAAGGUCGACUGCCCACUAGACUUGGGUCUUGACUUGCUCUACGCCGCAGACAUGUUGUUCUUGGACAAACUUAAGACGAGAGCUGCCAUUGCAAUUAGCACAUUGGGUAGCGGCAACAACAACGUCUUGGUAGACCGGACGCACAAUGAGCAUGAAGAGGACAGGGAUAUAGAAGUUGAGCCCAUCAACGUCUACGAUGUCAUCCACGCUGCCUGGGAAUUGAGAGUACAACGACUGGAAGAGUUUACAGCGAGGUAUAUCGCAUAUAGGCUCGAGGACUAUAUCGAUGACCCAGAGUUUGCGGAGCUCAUCCAAGAAAGUGCAAAUCGAAUCAAGAAGCGAGAAGAGACAGAUACUAUUGAGCUUCUUGAUGACAUUCGUUACUAUCUGUCGGAACGUUUUAGACUUAGAUUCGAGGAUGCUGGUCUUGAUGAGAUGCUAGACGAAGAAGGUGAAAUCGAUGCGGCGCUUGCGGAAACCAUAGCAGGCACUGAGGGGCUGGACAUAGAGGAACAUACAAGGGAGAAGCUUGAGAGUGUUUCAGGUCAGACAAUUGCAGCUGCAGCAGAAGCAAGCAACCACGCAGAUGGUGUCAAUGGUGUAGUGCGUACUUUGGAUGGAGAGCUUGUUGACGAUGAGUUCUCCCAAGACGCUGUCAACUACCAGAUUCUGUUGCAAAAGAUCGACACCAUGCUCGAGAAGCUGAAGUUGGACGCAUAG